CCUGGGAUGAGCUCUCUCAGCAUGGCUCGGACACUCAGCUUCUCCUGGCCCUUCAUCUUUCUCCUCUUCCUCUCUGGAUUGCAGUGUGAUCAUAGUGGUCAACCACAUGACCGGCAGAAAAGGGAUAUCAGCAAUGACCAGCCUCGUAUGAUAUCAGAGAAUGGACACCUCACCUUCACUGCUGGGUACAACAAAGACAUUCGUUUCUUAACCUCAGGGACGGGAAGUUUGAAGGUGGGGAACGAGGACCUCGUCCAGCAGAUAAAUCAGAUCAAAAUUAACAAAGCUGACAUCGAUAACAUAAAGAACAGUGGCACGCCUCCGGAUAUUACAAACCAGCUCAAUCAACUCAACACCAGAGUGACUACACUUGAGUCAAAAGUUCAAACUAUAGAACAGACAGUACAGCGUAAGACCUGCAGCAGUAAUCCAUGUCAGAAUGCAGGAACCUGCCUGAAUUUACUGGAUGCCUUUUACUGCCUCUGCCCUGACAACUGGCUGGGUCCCACAUGUGCUGUUGAUGUUAAUGAGUGUCAGAUCUUAGCAGGAUCUCCUCUGGGCUGUCAGAACGGGGCCACAUGUGUCAACACACCUGGCUCUUACACUUGUACAUGUACUCCAGAAUGGUAUGGCCCACACUGUACGUCCCGCUACGAUGACUGCGCAGGCGGGAGCCAGGAUCUGUGUGUUCAUGGGCUGUGCAUUGAUUCUGACAGAGUCACACCGAACCAGCCCAAAUAUAAGUGUAUCUGUGAUGCUGGUUGGAUGGCUCCACCUGGAGAGGCGGCGUGUACAGCUGAUAUUGAUGAGUGCAGCCUCUUGAACAAACCCUGCUCCACCAACCCUCCUGUGCAGUGCUUCAACACUCUGGGCUCCUUCUACUGUGGCUCUUGUCCUGCAGGAUGGCAGGGUAAUGGUUACAGCUGCCAGGAUGUGGAUGAAUGUGCUAUGAACAAUGGAGGCUGUUCCACCUCCCCCAUGGUGCCUUGUCUCAACACUAUGGGCUCUUUCCACUGCGGACAGUGUCCUCCAGGCUAUGAGGGAGAUGGCAAGACUUGCACUCAAGCUGACAUCUGCUCCACCAACAAUGGAGGAUGUCAUCCAUUGGCUACAUGUGCCUCUACUCCAGGAAGUAUUAUCCCAUCUUGCACCUGUCCACCUGGUUAUGUGGGUAAUGGAUACGGUCCUACAGGCUGUACCCAGAUCAGUGAUAUUUGUGGCACUAGUAACCCUUGUGUAAAUGGCCAGUGUGAGAAUACUGGUACUGGGUACAUCUGUCGCUGUGAUCCAGGCUGGGCAGGUCAGAAUUGCGAUCAAAAUGUGAAUGAGUGUUCUAGUAACCCCUGCCAGAAUGGAGGCACCUGCACUGAUGGGAUCAAUGGCUACACCUGUACCUGCACUUCCCAAUGGACUGGCCCGCAGUGCCAAACUCAACAGCAAGAGUGUGGAGGAGUUCUGGAAAGUCCAGCCGGAACUUUCAGCUACCCCAAUAAUCCUGGAACUGGUGAUUAUGAUCACCAGGUCAGCUGUGCCUGGAUUGUUAGAACAGACCCUAGCAAGAUUCUGCGGAUCACCUUCCCUUUCUUUGACAUUGAGAAUAGUGCCUCCUGCAGCUUUGACUUCCUGCAGAUCCAUGAUGGUGAAAGCGCCUCAGCCUUUAUGAUUGGGAAAUACUGUGGCACUGCCGCACCAGCCGAACUCUUCAGCUCGCACAAUUCACUGUACUUCUGGUUCCGCUCUGACCAUACUAUUAGUCGUGGCGGCUUCACAGUGGCCUGGGAAUCCCAGCCACCAGUGUGUGGUGGGGAGCUGACCAAUACGUAUGGUGACGUUAAGUCGCCUGGUUACCCAGGUAACUAUCCACCUAAUCGUGACUGCUAUUGGACUGUGAAUGUGAAUCCUGGUCUGCUUAUCACCUUCGCUUUUGGAACCCUCAGUCUGGAACACCAUGAUAACUGUAACUUUGACUACCUUGAGAUCAGAGAUGGACUGCUCCCACAAGAUCCUGUUUUGGGAAAAUACUGCAGUACAGGGUCACCACCUCCUCUUCAGACAACAGGGCCGACUGCCUGGAUCCACUUUCACUCUGAUUUCAGUAUCAACGAUCGGGGAUUUCACAUUACAUACACUACUUCACCAUCUGACCCAGGCUGUGGUGGUGUCUUCACUGAGAGUGAAGGUAUCAUCAUCUCUCCUAACUGGCCUAAUAACUACGCUCACAAUAGGCAGUGCAUUUAUGUAAUCAGAAUGCCACGCAGUGAAACGGUGGCCCUCAACUUCACCCACAUGGACCUAGAAACUCAUGUUGGCUGCUUUUUUGACUAUGUGGAGGUUCGAGAUGGGACCGGUGAGACAGACCCUCUCAUUGGGAAGUACUGUGGUACAGUCCUGCCAGCACCCAUUUUAUCCACCACGAAUGGACUCUGGAUCCGUUUCAAGUCUGACAGCUCUGUAUCCCGUGCUGGUUUCAGGGCGACAUUUGAAAUGGCUUGUGGUGGCACCCUCUCUGGAUCUGGUCAGAUCCGGACUCCUCUGCACCCUGACCCCUACCCCCACAACAAGGUGUGCGAGUGGGUCAUUAACCAACCCUUGGGCUUUGUGGUCACUCUAAACUUCCUCACUUUUGACGUUGAGGGAAGCAGCACAUGCGUCUUCGAUCAUGUGGAGGUGAGAGAUGGUCCUUCUGCCAGCUCCCCUCUGAUUGGCCGAUACUGUGGAACUGAGAUGCCUUCCAUGCUGCAGUCCUCACAGAGGUCCAUGUUUAUCCAAUUCAAAACGGAUUCAUCCAUCUCCAACCAUGGGUUUACUGCUGAGUUUGGGUCAGUGGAGCAAGGUUGUGGAGAGACGCUUACAGAACCCUCUGGUUCAUUCACCAGCCCAGGUCAUCCAAAUAACUACCCUCAUGGAGCCAACUGCACCUGGUACAUCUCUGUUGAGCCUGGCAACCUCAUCCGUCUGUCAUUCACAACCUUUAACCUGGAGUAUCACACCAACUGCAUAUACGACUAUGUGGAGGUCUAUGAUAACGGGACAGCACAGACUGGCACCCUUCUGGGCAGGUUCUGUGGUCGGUCUGUUCCUCCAUCUCUGACCAGCACUGAUAGUCUGAUGACCGUCCUGCUGGUCUCUGACUCCAGUCUGUCUGGAGAAGGCUUUUCAGCCAACUAUGUCUCCAUCAAUGCGACCACAGACUGCAGUGAGGUGUUUAGAACAUCCACCGGGGAGUUAAACUCACCCAACUACCCCGACAAUUAUCCCACCAAUCGGGAGUGUGUAUAUAGAAUCAUUGUGGAAGUCAACAUGCAGAUUAUGCUUAACAUCACAGACUUUGAUUUGGAGGGAUCCAUUUCCUGCAAUUUUGACUAUUUAGAGAUCAGAGAUGGAGGCUAUGAAACAUCCCCCCUGAUUGGUAAUUACUGUGGAACAAAUGGUCCUCCUAUAAUAGUAUCUCAUAGCAACAGGCUGUGGAUGAAGUUUCAAUCUGAUGGCUCGGCCACCUACAGGGGGUUCAAAGCCCACUGGGAUGGUACACAAUCAGGUUGUGGUGGGACGUUGACCACUAGUUCUGGAGAUUUCACCUCCCCCAGCUACCCUCUGCCUUACCACCCCAAUGCUGAAUGCUAUUGGCACAUCAAAACCAGUGCAGGAAGUAGCGUUGAGCUCAGUUUUGGAGAUUUUAACCUGGAGUCCUCUUCUAACUGCUUCUUCGACUACUUGGCGGUGUAUGAUGGCAACAGCACCAAUGCUCCACAGUUGGCUAAACUGUGUGGGACUCAGAUUCCUCCACCCAUCAACUCCUCCAGGGAGAAUUUGUUUGUAAAACUACGUACAGACGAGAUCAUCCACACAGGGGGUUUUCUGGCCCAAUACCGAACCAUUUGCCAGGGUGUGCUGAUUGCAAAUCAGUCCAGGGGAAGAAUUGAGAGUUUGAACUUCCCCAAUAACUACCCUCAUCGUUCCGACUGCAGCUGGACCAUCCAGGCAUCCAUGGGCAACACCAUCAACUACACCUUUAUUGCCUUUGACUUGGAGCAACACAUGGGCUGUGCUUUCGACUAUGUGACGCUGUACGAUGGUCCAAACGAGCAGGCUCCUCUGAUUGGUACAUUCUGUGGGAACGUACCUCCCCCUGCCAGUACCACCACCAGUGGCAGCCUCCACAUCGUGUUCAGGUCCGACGUCUCCAUAUCAUUCAGAGGCUUUCAAAUGGACUGGUACCAGAAUGGUUGUGGAGGGGAGCUCAUCGGGCCCUCUGGUUCCUUCAACAGCCCAGGCUAUCCUAAUAAAUACCCAGCAAACCGUGAGUGCAUCUGGUACAUCCACACCAGCCCUGGCAGUAGCAUCUCCAUCACCAUUCUUGAGUUUGACGUAGAGUAUCAUCCUGACUGCAGUUUUGACAAGCUGGAGUUGUACGGAGGGCCUGACCUGUCCUCUCCACGGCUGGCCCAGCUCUGCACCACACGCCCUUCAAGUAACCCUCUGCAGGUGGCCAGCACAAGUAACACCAUCACUGUUCUAUUCAAGACUGAUUCAGUCGUGAGUGGCAAGGGCUUCAACGCAACCUGGCAAGAGGUCCCAGGAGGGUGUGGAGGGGCUGUCACCGCCCCCAGUGGAGAGAUCCACUCUCCUCAGUACCCUAACAACUACCCUGACAACGUGGACUGUUCCUGGAUCAUCACAGUGGACACGGGUCACCGGGUCUUCUUUAACUUCACCGAUCUGGAUAUCGAAGGUCAUAUCACAUGCGUGUUUGACUACGUGGCUAUUCAUGAUGGUCCCGAUGAGUCUUCUCCUCUUCUGGGUAGAGUGUGCGGAGCCUCCAGGCCUCCUCCCAUUACGUCCACACAGAACAUCGUCUAUGUUCGUUUCAGAUCAGACAACUCUCAAAACCACAAAGGCUUCAGUGCCCAGUUCUCAGAAACUUGUGGAUCCACUGUAAUCACUGACGAUGUGGGCGGGGCUAUUGCAUCACCCCGGUACCCGUACUCUUACCCACCCAAUCAGAACUGUAGCUGGAUCAUACUGGCACAAGAGCCGUUCAAUCAUGUGACCCUGUCCUUCACUGAUUUUGAGGUAGAGAUUGUGUACAGUAACUGCUCGCAUGACAGGGUGGAGAUCCUGGAUGGAGACAAUUAUGAAGCCCCAUCUGUUGGUCGAUAUUGUGGGAGUGAGUUGCCACAUCCAGUCACGUCAUUCAGCAAUGCCCUGGUGGUAAACUUCAUCUCAGAUUUUGCAGUCGCUAAGAAAGGUUUCAGGGCAACCUACAUGGCCUCAACCUCAGGCUGUGGUGGGCAUCUAUUUAUGGAAUCUGGCGCUUUUAACAGUCCAAACUAUCCUGAUGUAUACCCUCCCAAUGUGGAGUGUGUAUGGACCUUGACUAGUUCCCCUGGAAACCGCCUACAACUGUCCUUCGUCAUGUUUCAGCUACAGCAAAGUACAGGUUGCAAUAACGACUAUCUGGAGAUUCGUGAAGGGCACUCUACCGGUGCUCUGGUUGACCGUUUCUGUGGUGACUCCCUACCAUCCAACUACACCUCCAUAACUGGCCACAUUCUGUGGAUUAAGUUUGUCUCGGAUUCCUCUGUCAGCGGAGCUGGAUUCAGAGCCAUAUUCUCCCACUUGUAUGGCAAUGAGAUCACGGGCAGUUCAGGCCAGAUUGCCUCCCCUCUUUACCCACGCACCUACCCAAACAAUGCAGACUACCGCUGGACCAUCACCGUGAAUGCAGACUCCUACAUAGAAAUCCAUUUCCUGGAUAUUGACAUCGAGGACCUGUUCAAUUGCUAUUAUGACAAGCUCAAGAUAUUUGAUGGUUCGAACACCAAUGGCUACCUUCUGGGUGAGUUCUGUGGCCUGACUCUGCCAAACCCAGUAAGAAGUUCUGGAAGCACUGUGACUCUUGAAUUCAAAUCUGACAAUUCCUUUGGAGGAAAAGGCUUCCUAAUCGAGUGGACGGCCAUUCAGAGUUCUGGUCCCCUGCCCACUAUAGAGCCAGGAGCAUGUGGAGGAGCUUUGAUGACAGCCGACACUCCCCGGUUCCUCUUCUCUCCAGGAUGGCCUGAGCAGUAUGAGCCUAACCUUGAGUGUUCAUGGAUCAUUCGCUCUCCCAAUUCCAUCAUAGAGUUUAACCUGCUUUCUCUGGACAUUGAAGAUGAGGUUUCAUGUCUCCAUGACAGUCUGGUCAUCAGGGAUGGUGAAACCAAUCUUUCUCCACUGAUCACAAGAAUUUGCGGACGCCAACUGCCUGGUUCUCUCCAUUCUACCGGUGACGCCAUGUUCCUGCAAUUCACAUCUGACGGCAGCAUUUUCGGAAGGGGUUUCAAUGCCACCUAUUCUAGAGGUUGUGGUGGUUUCCUCCAUACGGACAGAGGUGUUCUAAGUUCUCCUCAGUAUCCACAGAACUACAAGCCCAACCUGAAUUGCAAUUGGCAAAUAAUGGUCACACCAGGGUUUAGAGUGUCUGUAAACUUCCAAAACCCUUUCCAAAUUCAGGGCUUUGGCACACAGUGCAGCUCUGGUGACUACUUGGAGUUACGCAAUGGACCUGAUGGCAACUCACCAACUCUAUCAGGGCGUCUUUGUGGAUCCAGCCCUCCAUCCACAUUGCAGACCACGGACAACAGUCUCUAUGCCCACUUUGUCUCAGAUGGCUCCAAUGAAGGAAAUGGCUUCAAAAUGGUUUUUGAAGCCCAUAGUUCAGCUUGUGGUGGUGUUAUUGAGCUAAAUGAUGGCGAUCCACCAGGAUACAUCACAUCUCCUAACUAUCCAUCAAACUACCCCCAAAACAUUGAUUGUGUUUGGAUAAUCACCGUUCCCAAUGGUGAGGCUGUACAACUCGACUUUGAGGGUGAUUUCUACGUUGAGCCUCAUUCUGGAUGUCUUUAUGACUACGUUGAGGUUCGUGAUGGUCCCACAUCAAAUGCUGAUUUGAUUGGCAGGCUUUGUGGCAACACUCGGCCAUCUACGCAGCAUUCAACUGGCACCAACAUGUAUAUACGAUUCCGAACUGACACCAGCGUUACACAUAUUGGUUUCAAAGCCAAGUACUCAAUUGCUACAUGUGGAGGUACAUACAUUGGUCAGAGUGGUAUGAUCCAUAGCCCUGGUUAUCCGGACUCAAAUUAUCCAGACAACUCGAACUGCGAAUGGUACUUGGAGGGUCCCACUGGACAUUAUCUGACCAUCACUUACACGACUCUUGAUCUGCAGAGCUCCUCCGAUUGCGCCAAUGACUUUGUAGAAAUCCGUGAAUAUAACGCCUCAGGACGCCUGUUGGGGAAACACUGUGGAAACAGCCUUCCAUCUCCCAUGGACACUGGAGACAGUUUUGCCUAUGUCAAAUUUGUUAGUGAUGGUAGUGGGAAUGCAGCAGGAUUUAGCCUGUCAUUUGAAGCCAGUGUUGAAGAGUGUGGAGGUGAUCUGAAUGCACCAUUUGGGACCAUCUCAUCUCCCAACUAUCCCAAUCUGUACCCCCACAGCCGAGUAUGUAGCUGGAGAAUCACUGUUCCUCCAGGUCGUAGGGUCACCCUUACCAUCAUUGACCUGAGGCUGGAGGACCACAAUACCUGCCUGUAUGACUUUGUGGAGGUCCUAAAUGGUUUAGGACCCAGUGCUCCUCGAUUGGAUCGUUUAUGUGGUACAGUCCCUGCUGGAACCCAGGUGAAAUCUUCUGGAAAUACUAUGACCGUAAUUUUCAGCACCGAUGCAGUUGUGUCCAAUGGUGGAUUCAAGGCAGAUUACUCUUCGGAGGAAGAAGCAGUAUGUGGUGGGAUACUCAGUGAACCCGGAAACUUCACCUCGCCUAACUUUGGCAACGGAAACUACAGCAACAACCUGAACUGUGAAUGGCUGAUCCAGAACCCGCAGCAUGUGAAUUCCUCCAUUGUGGUUAUUAUAGAUGAGCUCUAUCUAGAACAUCACCAAACCUGUGAGUGGGACUACUUGGAGUUCAGAAUGGGUGAUAUGAAUGGAGAGCUCUUGUCCCGUUUCUGUGGUCAGUCCCCUCCAAGUAUCCCCAUAGUGGUGUCGACCUCUAAACUCUGGGUUCACUUUCUGUCUGAUGAGGCUGUAGUUGACCUGGGCUUUAAAGCCACGUAUUACUUUUCAGACUGUGGAGGUUUACAGAGUGGAGUGGAAGGUUUCAUCUCUAGCCCUGCAUACCCCAACAACUAUCCCAGCCCGAGCCGCUGUGCUUGGCUUUUGGAGGCUCCGGAGGGUCACACUAUUACUCUCAGUUUUACUUACUUUGAAGUUGAAGAGCACAGCCAGUGCACCUGGGACUCGGUUACUAUCUUCAAUGGAGGCUCACUAGGAGCCCCCAUUAUUGGUCAGUAUUGUGGGCACAAUUCUCCUGGAACUGUCCAAUCGGGCUCCAACAAGCUAGCCGUGGUGUUUCUUGCUGAUCAUACUGUGUCCAAAGGAGGAUUUAUUGCCACCUGGACGACGGACUCAUCAGGAUGUGGGGGUAUCAUCCAUGCCGAUUCAGGCACCAUCAAAUCUCCAAAUUAUCCACAGAAUUUCCCAACCAAUACUCAAUGUUCCUGGACCAUCAUCGCCCAUGAUGGAAACCAUCUGGAAAUGGGCUUUGCCAGUGACUUCCAGAUCCCAGACUCGAGUGGGCAGUGUCAAAGUAGUUAUAUAAAGUUGUGGUCAGCCAAUGAAGAGAAUGAUGAGAAUCUAUUGGCCACUGGUUGUGGCACUACAGCCCCUGCUGCUGUCAUCGCACCCAGGAAUGUCAUUACAGCUCGUUUCCAGUCCACCGAAUCACCUGGCAAAGGAUUCUCUGCCGCCUUCUACACUAGAUGUGGAGCAAAUUUCACAGCCCCAAAUGGUCGUGUAGUGACUCCAAACUAUCCAGACCACUACCCAGAUAGCUCCAACUGUAAUUACAUAAUCGAUGCUGGAGACCAGGUCGUUAUUGUCCUCACGUUUAAAACAUUCCAGUUGGAAGCACACUCUACAUGUAUCUACGAUGGUGUGAAGAUCUACAGUGGCAUCACUUCCGAAAGACCUCCACUGGCUACUUUGUGUGGAAAUACCAUCCCAGGCGUUUUCGCCACAUUUGGACCAAUGCUUGUAAACUUCUACUCUGACUUCAUAAUUAAUGACAAUGGCUUCCUGGCUGAAUACACAACCAUACCAUGCGGUGGCGUAUUUAAUGGCACCGCUGGGACAGUCAGCAGUCCAGCUCACUCAAUCAUCAACUACCAUCACAAUAUCAACUGCACAUACCACAUAUAUGUCCGCAACAACCGUGUCAUCGACCUCAAGUUCAACUCUUUCAGUCUAGAGGCCUCCUCAACUUGUCGCUAUGACUACGUGGCUGUGUACGACGGAGAGGACACUCUCGCCCCACUGAUGGGGAAGUUCUGUGGAAGUGAGAUACCACCCAAACUCAGGUCCUCAUCCAAUCAGAUGUUUCUUGAGUUCGUUACAGAUUCUACAGUUACGGCAGAGGGUUGGAGAGCGACCUACAGUGAGACAUUAGGUCCUCAGCAGGGAUGUGGUGGCUAUCUAUCCUCCUCCACUGGCAUGUUUGGUUCUCCUGAUAUUAACAUGGAUGGCCAAUAUGAGCCACGUAUGGACUGUUUGUGGACCAUUGCUGUUGAGGUCAAUAAAGCCAUUAAUCUCACUUUCAACAACUUUGAGCUAGAAGGCCCCUCUGGAACCCUCUGCAGAUAUGAUUAUGUCAAGAUCUAUGAUGGUGACAGUGAUCAAUAUCCCUUGGUUGGAUCAUUCUGUGGAAAUGUAUUGCCCGCACCUUUCAUCUCGGCCAGUAACUUCAUCACAGUGCACUUCGUCUCAGAUGGCUCUGUGUCACGUCGUGGCUUUAACGCCACCUACAGAGCAAUGGACAGUUUUUGUGGAGGAACAUUCAAUGCCACAUCAUCCCCUCAGACCAUCAAAUCUCCAUUUUUUCCCAAUCCGUACCCACCCUUUACCUCCUGCCGCUGGAUACUGGAUGCUCCACCUCAGGAGGCUGUGAAAGUGAUCGUGCAGCAGUUCCACCUUCAGUCCAGCCAGAGCUGCACCAGCAACUUCCUGGAGUUUAAAGACUUCCCUGUGGGAGAUUAUGGACAAGCUCAUAAGUUCUGUGCAGCAGACUCGCACAUACCAGAUUUCUACAGUUACGGCCGUACCAUGCACAUCGCAUUCAAAUCAGAUGAAUUCAUGACUGACAAUGGAUUCAGCCUGACCUAUGAGGUGGCAAGUUGCAGUAGGGUUUACGAGCAGGAAUAUGGUUAUCUUAAGAGCCCAGGCUGGCCAAACAUAUAUCAUCAUAAUCUUGAAUGCAACAUCAUACUGCAGGCCCCACAGAACAACUUAAUUUCUCUGUUCUUCACCAGUUUUGACGUGGAAAGUCAUCCUUCCUGCAACUUUGAUUACCUGGAGGUUCGAAAUGGCAGCACUGCCACAUCACCUCUGUUAGGGAAGCACUGUGGAAACGCACUUCCCGAUCCCGUGUUUCCGGGAACAAACCAGCUCUUCCUGCAUUUCAAGAGUGACUUUACUACUGCCCGCAAUGGAUUUGAAAUCACCUGGACUUCUUCUCCACAAGGUUGUGGCGGUGUGUUAUAUGGAGACCACGGCUCUUUUACCAGUCCAAACUUCCCUGGCACUUACGCCAAUGGCACUUCUUGUGAGUGGGGAAUAAGGGCCCCUGGUGGCAGAGUUGUGAUGGUCACAUUCAACCAGAUCAGCAUUGACGAUCCAGGAGAUUGUGAGAACAACUACUUGAAGCUGUACGAUGGACCAGAUGCAAACUCCCCUGUUGUUGGGCCUUACUGUGGACUGGAGACGAAUAUUGCCCCUUUCAGAGCUUCCUCAAAUGUUGUGUUUGUGCAGUUCUCUGCCCAGUCUGCCAUUCUUCCAUCUGGGUUCAGACUCACCUGGAGUAGCUGAGAAGAGACUGAAAAAUAAACACACACGAAUGCGCAUGCACACAGACACUUGAAACACUUAGUAAUCAUGACAUGCAGUGAUGUAUUCACUGGCCAAUCGGACAUAAUAUAAAAUAAUGAACCACCAUUUGUAGAUAAUUGUUUAAAGAAUUAGUUUAUAUAUGUAUAUUUGAUGACUUUUGGAAAAUAAAAGAUGUUAUUUCAUGUACUGUAUUUCAGGUGUGGUUGAAUCUGUAUUGUACAGGGAGGAUUUUCAAAUUCAAAGUU